AUGGAAAAUGAUGUAAUAGAAAAAAUAGAAGAUAUUUCACUAAAUGAUAUUAAUCAAGAAUCCAAUAAUGAAAAAAAGGGACUGAAAAGGAAAAUUAGAGAAUUAGAAAAUAUUAUAGAAACUAAAAUUCUUCAAUUACAAAAUCAAUUAAAAGAAUCAAGAGAAAAAGAAAAAAUUGAUGAGUAUGAUUUCAGUGAUAUACUCAAUGAAUUUAAAGAAGAUAUUAAAAAAAAAAUUGAAGAAGCAAAUGAAUUAAUAACAAAAAAAAUUGAAGAACAAAACGUAAAGCACUUAAAGUUAUUUAAUAUUUUAGUAUCAAUAAAAAACGAAAAUUCCUCAAUUAAUAAAUCUAUUUCCUUAUUAAAUGAAAGGAUACACAUGAUAGAGGAAGAUAUUGGUGAUUAG